UUCAUUCAACAGUGUAGAUACACCCUGAGAUCACAUUGUACCCCGGGGUCAGGGAGUCCAAUUGGUCCGAUUAUAGCAGUCCUGCUGCCAUCGUUACCCCGUCCAUUGGCCGAAAUCGCCGUCCCCUUUGGCCUCGAUCCGCCGCAUGCCCCGGAGCUCCCUUUGGGCGCCUACUGUUCGCUCCGUUUUCCUCUCGCCUGGCAUUGCAAUCACCAUAAAUUUGCUACUUGGCGGUGAUGUGUACCCAACGAACGAAAGGCUGAGACAACAACUGAAGAAAAAAAAAUAGAAUAUCAGAAACUCAGGCAUGGAACAUUCCCUUGGCAAAAGGACGUCCACGUGGCUGGCGGAAUGAAAGACACACACGACAGAAAGAGAGAGCGAGACAGAGAGAGAGAGAGAAAGGACGACAAGGAGAGAGAAGCCCGGCACCAGAGCUCUUUGUCGCCCGAAUCGGCUGGCAACGUCCGUCCUGCUUCUUGCAAAUUCCAGACAGAGACUCACGGAGUCGUCCAGCUCAAGCCUAGGAGAUACCCAAGCAACGUCCCACCAAAAGCGCCCAAGAAAGUGGCCACUGAGGUACAUGGCAUCAGCAUGAAUCCCGAACGGAGGAGCCGGAGCUGACGGGACGCCUUCGUUUCG